AUGGAAUUAGAGAACAUCGUGGCCAAUACGGUCUACCUGAAGGCGCGCGAAGGCGGCUCCGACAGUAACAAAGGAAAGAGCAAAAAAUGGCGCAAGAUCCUCCAGUUCCCGCACAUAUCGCAAUGCAUCGAUCUCAAGAACAAAAUAGAUGUAAGCUAUGGUUACGUAGUCGAUCAGCAGCCAAUCGGACGUGAGCUGUUCCGGCAGUUCUGCAAGGUGAAACGGCCGCAGUACUCCCGGUACAUCACCUUCCUCGAUGACGCCACAAGAUACGAACUUGCGGCCGAUGAGCACCGGGUCGAUCUGGCGUAUGAUGUCGCGAAGCGCUACCUCGGCCUGUGCACGGAAAGCCAACGCGAGGACAGCGGUGGAGGCGGAGGCUGUGACAGCGAUGGCGGCAAGUGUGACGACGACAGCGGCAUCGGCGGCGAUACGAAGAAGCUCAGCAAUCACGACGACCCGGAGAAGAGCCUGACCGGGUCCAACUCGGUCACCACCAACACCAUCAACAACGAGAAGGACGAGUUCGUCCUGGACGUGCUGAACGAUGACAUGGUGGCGCAGGUUCGGACGAAGCUAUCGACCGGAAACAAGGAGCUGUUCGAGGCGUCCAUUACGGCGGUGCGGGCCUUCCUGGCCGGUGAACCAUUCCGGGAAUUCGAGGCUUCGAUGUACUUUCACAGGUACCUCCAGUGGAAGUGGCUCGAAGCACAACCGGUUACUUACAAAACUUUCCGCAUGUAUCGUGUCCUCGGAAAGGGUGGAUUCGGCGAAGUCUGCGCAUGUCAGGUACGCGCCACGGGCAAGAUGUACGCCUGUAAGAAGCUGGAGAAGAAACGCAUCAAGAAGCGGAAGGGCGAAUCGAUGGUGCUGAUAGAGAAGCAGAUCCUGCAGAAGAUAAACUCGCGCUUCGUGGUGAAUCUAGCGUACGCGUACGAGACCAAGGACGCCCUUUGUCUGGUGUUAACGAUUAUGAACGGAGGCGAUUUGAAGUUUCACAUUUACAAUAUGGGCGGCGAGCCUGGAUUUGAGCUUUCUCGUGCGCGGUUUUACGCCGCCGAGGUGGUCUGCGGGCUGGAACACCUGCACCAGCAAGGCAUCGUCUAUCGGGACUGCAAGCCGGAAAAUAUUCUGCUGGACGAUCAUGGGCACGUGCGCAUCUCGGAUCUCGGGCUGGCGGUGGAAAUUCCGGAAGGCGAUAUGGUUAGGGGGAGAGUUGGCACCGUCGGAUACAUGGCACCGGAAGUUAUCGACAACGAGAAGUACGCCUUCUCGCCGGACUGGUUCAGCUUUGGAUGCCUGCUGUACGAGAUGAUUGAGGGCCAGGCACCGUUUCGCGCCCGGAAGGAGAAGGUCAAGCGCGAAGAGGUCGACCGACGGGUGAAGGAGGAUCCGGAAAAGUAUUCGCACAAGUUCAGCGAUGACGCCAAAUUGUUGUGCCAGCAGCUGCUAGUGAAAGCGGUUAAGAGCCGGCUCGGGUGCCGCAAUGGGCGGCACGGUGCGCGCGAAGUGAAGCUACUUCCGUUCUUUAACAGUAUUAACUGGAAACGGCUUGAGGCCGGACUAAACGAUCCCCCGUUUGUGCCGGAUCCCCACGCUGUUUAUGCCAAAGAUGUGCUGGACAUCGAGCAAUUUUCUACGGUGAAAGGCGUCAACUUGGAUGCGACGGAUGAAAAUUUCUACACCAAGUUCAACACUGGUUCCGUGUCAAUACCGUGGCAGGAUGAGAUGAUCGAAACGGAAUGCUUCCGGGAGCUGAACGUGUUCGGUGUGAACGAAUGCCCGACUCCGGAUCUUCUCAUCAACGCGCCGCCAGUGGUGGAGAAACCGGGCUGCUUUCCGUUCCGGAGAAAAAAAAAGCAAACGGCGCGCGAAAAACCGGUUCCGUUUAACGAGAAGUUGCUAUCCUCUAGUCAAACAACGGUUAGCUGUAGCCAGGCACCAAACGAGAGCUGA